AUGGACCAGUCAACUCACAAGGAUUUCCUAUUCCAUUUCACGCAAGGAAAUUAUCAGGCAGCACUCGACAUUGCAAAGGACUUGUCACUUGACACCAAUGUAGUAUUCAAAGCACAGUGGCAACAACAGCAACGAUCCGGCAAUCUACAACCUGACAAUGUCGACUUGUUACAGUCCAUUGACGAUGACGCUUGGGUAGUGAAUCAAUGCCUCGAGACGAUAGUAGAUGACUGGAGCUUACAACGUCGCAUUCUGACAGUGGGCAAGACACGUGCUUCCAAUAAGGAUGAGGAUGAUUCAAUAUGGCAGCAAACGCGAUGGUUAUUGAACGACUAUAUCGAACGGCUUGAAACGUUUAUUGAGAUUUGGCCGAGUUUGCAGCAGCAACAGCAAUCGUUUGGACAAAUGUAUGCAGCCUUUCGUGAUACCAACUUGGUUGCUCAAGCCGUGGAAUAUGCACAUGCAGAAAACAGCCAUGCUUUACGAUGUUUACUUGUUCAUCAUGCACCUAUUGUAUGGCCCUAUCGACUUGCCAUUCUUGCAGAGAUUCCUGAAACAGCCAAUCCCAAUCAAUUUGAUCUACCUCGUGUGGAUAGCAACGACAUGGAGGAUGAAAAAUGGUUAACAACAGAGGAACCAUGGCAACAAGAGGAUAUGAAAGACACCAUGAUCACGAGUCCAGAGCAGCAUACCACGCCUUUAUCCGAUCUCAGCAAACGAUUCGAACGAUGUGAAUUUCCAGCACCAGCAGCAGUGAUUCGUGAUUGGUACUUGAGCAAAGCUAUCCAAGCAGAUCGUAUGGGUUUAUGCAGCCUAGCAUUGGAAUGGAUUCGGCAUGGACGACGUAUGGGUAUCAAGGAUUUGGAAAAGCAAGAAGCUCAAUUGGAUUGGUUAUGUAAAUACGUUUACACAUGCGAACCGGACAAUGAUGAACCAGCGACUGCUGUAUGCCUUGAGCAAUUCAAAACCAUUCCAUCUUAUGACGUUCUUGAUGGUUUACUUGAUCACACCGAUGAUACCAGCAUUGUGAAUGAUAUGCGCCAACUGAUCCUACCUUGGCUUCGAGUUUGUCGUGAACGUGAGAUUAAGGAUGAAGAAAUCGAAGAGGAUGGCGUUGAAAUGUUACUAUAUCGAUGGCUACUCGGCACACGAUUGGAUUGGUGUUGUCUCGUAUUGGAAGCAUCCAAACCAACAUUACCAGCAGAUGAACGCAUUGUACAAAACGAUUUGGAUUUAUCGAGAUUAGUCCUGGCAUUGCUUUAUUCAAAUGAUGAUACGCCUAUCGACUUGCAAGUACGACUUUUUGAAUGCUUACCAGUAUUUGACCCAUGGGAUAUGGAUCAAGAGGAGGAUGGAAAACAGCAACAGCAGCAUGAUGACAACCGGAUAUCCGACAUGGCUACGCUUCUUCCUUUGGCAGAAACACCUCUUGGUUUAUUCACAGCAUUGCAAUCAGUGAACGCACACAACUUGACUCAAAUGAUGGAUGCGCUACAAUUACAUUUGAGUGCUGCAGAGGUUCUUGCUCGAUAUCAUUCAGGCGUUCCUUUACGAUGGUUCCUUAAGGAGCAGCCUGUAGAAGCACAAAAACAACUUUGUAUUCGAAUGGCAUCACAAGCAGCGGGUGGUGUGGAGACUGGUGGAAAGCAUUUUGACAGCGACAAUGAUUGGAGAGAACUAUUGGACGACAUGAUGGCAUUGAAGGAAGAGGACAACAAAGGUGUAUUUGGACGCUUAAGUCGCACUGAUAUCUUUGAGACAUUCUUUACAUCCUUACUGCGCUGUGGUCGUUUUCGACUUGCGAAGGAUCUUAUGGUGGGACCUAAUCGUGACAAGACCUUGGAUAUAGGACGAGCUGAACAGCUUGUGAUUGAGGCACAGCAAGAAUUCUUUGAUAAUGCCACUUCGGGUAACAUGUAUGCAGGCAACAUGAAACUUGCGAUGGAAUGUUUGAAGAUUUUACCGCCUACGGAUCUUGUCACAGAGGAGACCGAGUUAAUUGAAGCAACACACAAACUUAUCUAUGAAUACCAAGUAAUGGAUCGACCUGGUAUCGAGCUUAUGCCAAUCCAAGUACGACAAUCAUCCAAUCGACUCAAUCUGAUAUCCAAGCUCAUCAACACACGACGACGCGUGUACAAGCAACCAGCUGAUGUUGUCGCCCUGGCAAGGAAAUUGGGAUAUCAAGAUGAUCUUUCAGCUGAAGUCAAGGUAUUGGCCAUGUUAGCAAGUGCAGCUUUGGUGGAUGAGGAAUAUGAUACUGCAUACACAUUAUGCCGCGAUACUGUCGACAAGGUACAUGCAAUUGCUGACGACCAGACUUUACGACGACGCUACAACAUGGAUGAAAUAUACGAAUGUGCAUGGCAAAUUUGCUUCAACCUUGGCAAAGUAGACAGCUUUACCGAUUACCCAAGGCGAUAUGAUGCAUUAGCUAUGGCUUUGGAAUUGAGUCCGGUGCAACAUGUUCAUGACGUAUUGAAUGUUUGGCGAAAGUUGGACGAUGAACAUCCUAAUCCCUCGCAACUCGACUUCCUUCUCCCUGGUUCAACAGACUUUGACACAGAUGGCCAAGAUAAUUUGGGACUUGGUGCGCUCAAGGAACAAGUACUAGGCUUUUUCUGGAACCGAUUAUCUAAACCAUAA